AUGUCUACAAGCAAACAUCAUAAAUUGUACCUUUACCUGUUUAUGGACGAAUACGGCGACGAUGCAGCAGUUACAGAGUCCUUUGUUUCACAACUUGAAGAUCACAUUCUCAGUUGGGUUCUAGGACAUUCAGAUGGAGAACAAAAUGUAAUUUAUUCGGAUGAACAGCAUGCACAGGUAAACAUUCUCGGCGAUCGAGUUUACAUCCAUAAGGUCUUGCGGAUCAACUAUACGACAUACGACAUGCAACGCGAGCAAGAUUCAAUUAAUCCUCGAAAUCACUGCAAUGUCAUGACCCUCUCUCGGGAUGGAGACCCUCGUUCCUUUCACCAUCCUUAUUUAUUUGUGGACCGUGACAUGUUUAUAUGCUACUUGGGAUAUGGGAUUGGCCACAAGAGUACCAAUGAUUACACUUGGAACAUGCGACCAGUUUAUUUUGGACACUACGCUGAGCUUGAGGAAGAAUUUCAAGAAGUUGGUGAUGAUGCUGACAAGGGUAAUCUUCCCAUCACAGCUAAGCAGGAGGCAGCCAUGGAUGCUUCCGAGUCUGAAGAUGACAAUGACUCGGAGCAGGAGGACUAA